AUGUCACAAUACCCCCUCUCACCAGACCAAGUCCAGUCGAUGCUCUCAUACCUUGACUUACCUCCCUCCGACUUCUUACCUCUUCCACCAAUCUCAUUCCUGACUCAACACAUAUCCAAUCUUCCCCCUUCAUUAUUGGAGCAUUUCACCUUUCUCACCCCCAAGCAGCUCACUUCCAUACCGACAAUCAAACAUCGUAGAUUACUCUAUGCUACGUCCAAUCCAAAACCGAAUAUACUAGGUGUGAGUCAAAGUAGAUUACGUUGGCCACUAUUAUGGGAGAGACUAGGUGGAGAUCCUUUUUCGGCCAUCAACGAGAAUUCCCAAUCUGCAAUCGAGGAGGAACAAUGGGUUUCAGAGGGUUUCAUGAAUGAUCCGAAUAGUGAUAGAGAGAAGAACCAGCAGGUAAAGAAAUUAGGUGGAUUCUUGAGGGUACUGGAAGAAGAGAGGGAAUCGGAAAAUGUUAGGAUGGCAAAGAGGAUGGAGAGGAGGUUGGAUAAUCAAGGUGAAGAAUUUGAUGACUCGGAUUCCGACGAAGACGAAAAUGGGGGGCAGCGUAAUGGAAGGGAAACUUCAGGGAACCGGAUAGAGGUGAAAGAGGAUCAAAAGGAAGUAGAAAGGGUAUUUGAGAAGAGAAUAUUGGAAAUCUUCUUAGAUGGUAUGGAUACGAUAGAUUAUACCUCGAUAGAUUUCCAUGAACCACCAGGUGGCGAUCCAAUAGCGCUUCAGGACGAGGAAGAUAGAUAUUUUGAUGAUGAAGAGCCGAGCAGGACACCGAAUGGGCACGAUCAAGGAGCGGGACAGGAGGACAUUUUUCAGUCACGACUGAAGGAGGAUGGAAAGCAGACACAGAAUGGUCAAGGGGAGUACGAUUAUUGA